AUGGCUGACCAACCUACUCGCUAUCUUGCGCGCCUUCAGGUUCUUCGCGCCGAUCCAGCAACCUACGAGACUCUGCCACCCGACCCGGGCGCUGAAAGCGGCCUGCUGACAUACUCCGAUUGGCGCGCGGGCUACUUUGAUGAGGAGACAUGCCGGCCUCGUCCAGGGGUCCCUAUGCCACUUAGGCCCGUUGGGAUGCAUACUAAUACUCAACUUUGUGGCGUCGGUAUGGAACCAAUACAUCCUGACCCAGCACAGCUAUUGGCAGAAUGCCCGGUUAUUCGGCGUCACCUUCUUCGUUUGGUCAAUCCAGACCUUACCGAAGUUGACUCUAGUAAGAUCUAA